UGCAGCAGUUCCUCAGGUUCGCCGAGACGCGUCCGUUUGUGCAGCAGCUGCUGCUGGCCGCCGGCACGCCGGGUACGGAUGCUAUGUCACCGAGCAGACGACCUUCGCCACCGACGAUGCCACUAGCACACCUGCCGCCCCCGUUGCACAUGCUUCACUGCGGCCUACCACCGCCGGGUUCCCGGCUGCCACCCCCGUUGCCGCCGCCCCCGCCGCCGCCGUCGUCGUCGUCGAUCUCGCAUCCCUCGAUAUCGCCAACGGCGCAGAAGCACUACUCGUCGGCGGGGAACCCCAGUGUCACCAGCAGAGCGAACUCGCCCCCGCGCUCCCUCGCGGACUCGCAUCUAACGGUGUCGCCGUUGAAUCGGCUGCAGAGCAUGCAGCCGUUCGACUUCCGGAAACUGGGCACCCUCGGGCUGCCGGCGUUCCCGCCGUUACCGCCGCCGCCCCCGUCCACGGAGCAGCUCCUGCAAAACCGGAAGUCCAUGAGGAAUCCGCAGAGUCCCCACAGUCCGCCUCAUCACUCGUCCGUGGCGUCGCAGCUGCAGAGGCCGCAUAUGCCGGUCGCUCCGGUCACCUCGUCGGCGUUGACCUUCGGCCAUCCGCUCUCGGUCGCGGUCUCUUCCGGCGCGCUACCGCCGAGCUUUCCGCACUUCCCGCCACCGCCGAUGGGCAAAUCGCCUGGCAGCAUCGUCGGGCUAACCGUGCCCGUGGACGUACACAGCGGCGGCGAGAAGAGCAGCGAGUUCGGCUCGGAGGAGGACGAGGACGACGAGGACAACUCCGACAGCGCGUUGAACCUCAGCAGACGGGACUCCGGUAUGUCGAAGCACGCCAUUUGCUCCGAGCAACGGCAUCCGCCGCCGUUAUCGCUCCAGGCGACGCCGUUGGGCAGGCCGCCCGGUAUACCUGGCAGGAAGCCGCACUCUCCGGGCAAGCGACCGGGCGGCCAAUGGAGCGCUGCCGCGAACUUGCCGCCGAACCUCGGCACACCCUUCAUCAAUCCCACCACCGGCAAGAAGCGCGUGCAGUGCAACGUCUGCCUCAAGACCUUCUGCGACAAGGGCGCCCUGAAGAUCCACUUCAGCGCGGUGCACCUGCGCGAGAUGCACCAGUGCACGGUCAAGGGCUGCAGCAUGAUGUUUAGUUCGCGCAGAUCGCGCAAUCGACACAGCGCGAAUCCAAAUCCCAAGCUGCACUCGCCGCAUUUACGCCGCAAGAUCUCCCCGCACGACGGCCGCUCGUCCAUGGCGCACGCCCUGGUGCUGCCGCCGCAGGUGGGACUCCCGGUACCCGCUACCGGGCUGAAUCACCUGCCCUUCGGCACGUUCCCGUUGCUCACGCCGCCGCCGGAUCUCCGCUCGCCGGCGUCGCUGUGCGCGCUGGACUUCAAGCAUUUAGACCUGUCGUGCACGCAGGGUCAGGGCAGACCGUACGACGAGGCGCUGCAGCAGAGGAUGUCGAACCCGGGUCUGUCGACGACCACGGCCUCGACGACGAUGCCGGUGCCGAUGUCGAACGCCGCGUCAAUCACCACCACAACGAUGGCGCGCGGCCCGUAUUCCGGUGGCGGCGGCGGCGGCGGCGUCUCGCCAUCCACCCAGGCGUCGUCCAUGAUACCGGAGGGCGAGGACGACGACGACGACGACGGUGGCGGUAUCGUCGUGGUCGCGGAAGACGAGACCAGCAAUCUGCCGUCGAGAUUGCAGCCGUUGCGCGCCGACGACGACGAGCAGCCGGCCGACUUCAGUCUGGCGAAGCGGCCGAAGCUCUACUUCGGCGACACCGCCGACGAGGACAACGCCAGUAAUCCCGACAGCAACGAGGACAACGACUCGAUGGGCACGGUCGAGCAGCAGCCCUUCUCCGUGAACCAGCACUCGCUCAACUCGAGUUCCUUCCACAGCCGGGGCGUGCGCAAGAGAAAAUCUCAGCACCCCACGAGGUGCGCCGUGCCGGCGGAAGUGCACUCCUCGUCUACCGAUGGCGACUCUUCCAACGACGAGGAGCAGCGAGUUCAACGGCGGUGUCUGUCGGACGGCGUCGUUGCACCAAUAGCGGACUUUCAGAAUCAACCGGAGGACAUGUCGAUGUCCAGGCUUGAGGCGGAGGAGCGGAAGAUGCUGCCCGGCUCGCCAAGGAACCAAAAAGGUGGCUUUCACGAUCGCGAGUCGAACUCGCGCUCUCCGGACGCCGGCAUUAGAGAGCGCGAGGUGGCGGCGGCUAGCAAUCGUCGCGGCGACACCCUCUCCUCUCAAGACAACGCGGAGGAGCUACCUCAGGAUGAGCCGCGUGACUUAAGUUCGAGGGCGAGCUCGGUUAAGUCUCCGAAGCGGCAGAUCACCCCGGAACCAAAGACCGACAACGCGCCGUCGUCGAGUACCACGUCGAGCGGGGCGACGACGGCGACGACGACGAUGACGACGACGGCGGCGACGAAGGAUCUCGACGCGACGUCGUCGGAGCUGAAAGAUCGACGACUGAGCGCGGAGAGCGACGAAACGACAACAAGGGUAAAGGAGGAGGCGAUCUCGAAGAAGGAAUCCGCCGAGGUGACGCAGGAGGAUGGGAGGCCGGCGAACAACGAGGAGCACCAGGAGGACGAGGAGGACGACGAUGAUGAGCCCAUGGAGGAAGUCGAGGAGGAUGAUGAUGAGGAGGAGGAGGUGGACGACGCGCUGCGCAAUCCAGAAGGUGAGCGUCCCGAUGAUCCCCCCCGUGCCCCGAGCUCGGUCGACAGCCGUCCGACGACAGCCGACGACCUCUCCCACGACUCCUCGACCAACACUUUGCGUCAACUCGAGUCCUUGUCGCAGGGUCGAUGCGCGAUGCCGUACGCCGAGACGCAGCGGGUGGCUUCGAGGUCUGGCCGCGGCUCUACCAGCCCUAUCAGCCUCACGACCCACCAGGAGAUCACCAUGGACAACUCCUCACGUGGCUCUCGUUCAUCCAGCGCCUCACCCUCCACAGCGGCCAUGGAUACGGACAAUAGCCUGAUCACGUACGCGCGUUACGAGAACGGCGGUUUCGUCAGCACCCAGGAAGUGCCGCUCGACCGUGAGAAUCCGCGCCGUUGCACCGCCUGCGGCAAGGUCUUUCAGAAUCACUUCGGCGUAAAGACCCACUAUCAGAACGUCCACCUCAAACUGAUGCACCGGUGCAGCGUGGACGGCUGUAACGCGGCCUUCCCCUCGAAACGAUCUCGCGAUCGCCACUCGGCGAAUCUCAACCUGCACCGGAAACUGCUGUCGACCUCGUCGAGCCCGCCGCUUUCCUCCAGCCUGCCGCCGAGCCUGUCGCCGCGCAUCGACGACUCGCAGAUGAAUCCGCUGCUGCACAAUGAGUUCCUGGCAAGACUCUACGCGGACGCCAGUAUCGGCGCGUUGGGUGCCUACCCCUUAGCACCCGGACUAUCAUCCGCGGUCGACCUGGCAGCCCGGAUACCACCGCCGCACCCGCUCCUGCUGCCGCCGCAUCUCGGCGCCACGUUUCCGGGUCUGUCCUCAUUCGCGUCUCACUUUGCUGGCCUGAACGGCCUCACCCAUCAGCAUCUCAAUCACCUGACGAGACUGACCCAGGAGCAGGGAAACAGGCACGCGUCCGUCUCAGGCUCGCCUGUGUCCUCGCCGGGCUCGGACGAUCGUAAGGAGGAGGGUGCCAGGUGCACCGUACCCGGCUGCGAGCGCGUUUUCGGCUCCCGGGCCGUGCGGGACGCGCACUCCAGGGACCCCCAGGCUCACCGUGACCUGCCGAUCUUGUCCUCUAGCGGCGGCUCGUGACCGAUCUCGUUCUGCGGCCGCGGACACGAUUAUUAUCCUCUACUGUGAUGCCAAAAUCCUAACUCGGCGACUCGAUUCGGCCGAUCGAUCACCGAUGAUCUCGUUUCUAACUAGGAUCGGCAGACCUAGACGCGGUCUUCCCCACGAACGGGGCACGCUUGUUGCCCUAUUCGAACGUGCGUAAAAACGUGCAAUAUCGAGCGGAGUGCGUGCGGAAUGAUCGACCAUCAACGUGGCUGACGUCAAGCGGUCUCGUUGAUCAACGCCUGCCCAUGGAGUGAACGAGCCAGUUCCAGUGCGGUAAUAUCUGCCUGCCAGUUCUUCCCAUUUCUCAGAUUUAUACGUCAGAAUACAACACGCGAGUUGUUGGGCUAAUCUAGUCAAUUUGGAAAUCUCGAUUUCGUGCGUUGUCGGAAACGACGGUAGGAGUCGCGCGCUGGGUCGCUGCCGCUUUUAUUUCGCUCGAUUAAUCGGACUAAUAUGCAACAUUUUCAAUAAUGCAAAUAUCCAAUUUCAAUAAUAAUGAUAUUGCGAUUAUUAAAUCAAUUAUUAAAUCAAGAGAA